AGCUGUCAUGGCGGCGCGCAGUGAAACUAGACGACGGGCUGGAAGUCUGUGAUAGCUAUUUCUGGGUGAUCCUAGGCUGGACAUGGCAACACAGGAUAAGGUAAAAGCACUUCUUGGAGACUUGGGCAAGCCGACCCUAAGAGGAGUCAGGAAAUGUCCAAAGUGUGGCACCUACAACGGCACCAGGGGAAUCAGUUGUAAAAACAAGAGUUGUGAUGCAGUUUUCAAGGACAAGGAAAGAAAACGUGGCCAUAGUGCUGAUUCUGUGAAGAUCAUAACAGGAUCAACUGUUCAGGUGUUCUCAGUGAGGCUACGUGACCGCGGCCCGGAUUACAGGGGUUUCGUUCAGCUCCCUCUUGUUCAGGAUCUGGAUGGGAAUCCAGCCCAGGGAGUAGACCCUGCUGUUCUAGCUCAAGCUGCUCGCUGCUACGUGGACAUGUGCGUACGGAACACUCAGGGUAAUGUGGGACUGAAUGACCAGCCAUGCGGCCACAUCAAAUCAGCUAUAGACUGCUCCUUGGAAGCUCAGCCUCUGACACUGAAAAAUUCUGUAUUAAACUCUUUAGAUGUGUCGAAUGAAAUGAAACAAGCCAUAUGGCUGUUAGCGACAGAGACUACAGGCCCACUAGUGCAACGAGUCACCAAAAACAUUAUGGUAGUGAAGUGUAAACCCAAUCCAAAAACACCAUUGGGCUUUUUACACUUUGCCUUCUUUGAGACGUCCAGAAAUCGUUCAAGUCCUGAACACAAGUUUCACUGUAGUUGCAGAGCGUUCAAGAAUUUCAAACUUGGGCCUGGGAAAGAUGAAUCCACAAAAAGAUGUGUCCAUUUCUAUGCUUGUAUCUGUGCCUUUGCCAGUGAUGACAAGCUGAUAGACGAAUUUUCUUAUUACAUAACUUUAGAUGAAUCUGUUGCAGCCCUGACGACCACCUCCCCUCUCCAGGAGGGCCGCUUUGUGUCAGUGUUCAACCCCUCCCAGGAUGCCAGUCUAAACCCUGACCCCAGUAGUAUGCAGAUCGAGAUAGUUACAGAAGACGACAUUAUGGGGCCACCUGCCAAAAAACAGAAGAAAAAUGAACUCUUAGUUCAGGACACAGAUGUAGUCCUUGCUGCCCAAGCCAGCAGUGCUUUACUCACCCUUCAGGAUUCUGGGGGAGGGACAAGCCUGUUAGUGACCAACAACUCCCCAAAGAAAACAGCCUCUGCCAAACCUGUCGUUAACAAAUCAGCUAUCACGCCAAAGAAACCCAAUGUACCCACUCCAGGGACUACCGCUGUAGACGAAACAACAACAACCGUCAGUUUCCACCAGUGGUUAGCCAGUGUAACAGAGCGGAUCAAUCAAACCAUGCACUAUCAGUUUGAUGGUAAUCCAGAUCCUCUUGUUUUCCACGCCCCUCAAGUGUUUUUUGAGUGUGUACAGCAACGAAUCUCAGCAGGCUACAGGAAGAAGAGGUUACCAAACUCCACAACAGGCUUUGUGAGGAAGGAUGCUCUACCUUUAGGGACCUUCACCAAAUAUACCUGGCAUAUCAUCAGUAUUCUCCACGUCAAGCAGAUAUUUGACACUCCAGAGAUGCCUCUGGAAAUAACACGAAACUUUGUAGAAAAUAGAGAUGGCACAUAUGACCUGUAUGAAAUUCCCAAAGUUCAGGUUGAAUGUAUAGAUGACAGUUACAAGUCCAAGAACCAAACUCCAAUCAGGCCGUUUGAAUUGAAAACCUACCUCAAAGUUGGUAACACAUUACCAGACCAAAAAUCUCCAACACCAUUCAUUAUAGAGUGGAUUCCAGAUAUUCUGCCCAAGUCUAAAAUCGGUGAGCUGAGGAUCAAGUUUGAGUAUGGUCACCAGAGAAAUGGUCACAUAGAGCAGAGAGUGGGCACAGUUAACACAGAUAUACAGACCAUACAUGUGCAGGAGAUUCCACAGCUGUCUCUUUGAGUUUGCGCCUUUGACCCUUUUACUCACGUUCUGUUUGUACACUGUGUGUACGCGUAUUGUUGGCCUCAUUUUGACAUUCUUGUGGCUUUAGUUUAAAUAUCACUUGUCUGCUUCAUCCAUUUGCCGAGCAGGUUUUUUUUUUUUUUUGAAUCUCUUAUCAGACAAGGAACAAAAGGUUUUGUAACGGAUCAGAUAUACAGAUGACCAUUACUUCUGUAUGAGCACUUGCUAGCAGAUACAUGUAUCUCAGUUCAUAGUAUCUGAAGACAAACUGCAAGUGCAAUAUCACGGGAGAUUAUCAUAUAUGAUUGCACUUCUCUUCGAUGCAUACCUAAAGACAUAUUAAACUAAAUACCCUCAUUCCAGACCUGAUGUUUCCCAAAUUAUUAUGAUUAUAACACCAUAAAUGAUCUCAAGUUUUCGAGCAAACGCACGUUGGACAACAUUUUGCCAGUGCGUAGUUAUUGCAGCUUACAUUAGCAAAGUUUUCGCACUGUGUGAUUUGUAUUACUGACUUGCAGCACUCAGAAAAAUGGGCGUGACUUUCUGUUCUAUUUUCAUUGAAAUCUGCAAAUGAUAUGAAAAUAGUGUUUGUCCUAUUUCGUAUUUGACUGGUUACAUUGACAAGUCAUUACUACGAAUCACAUCGUGUGAACCCAAGCUGCCACUCAUGGACUUUGUCCGUGUAAUAUUGUGAGACCAGCUAAACAGGCAAAGUUUGACACACAUUUAUCUGUUGACUUACUCUAGCUCUCCACAACCCAUAGUCUUAUUCAACGCAUAACGAUGUCAGUCAGGUUACCUCUGUAAAGUGGAUGACAGAAAUAUGACUGUCUGUGCAUGUUAUUUAUUUCCUUUUCAUGUACCUUAAAUAUUUAUGCUAAUCUCUUUGGUGAAUGCAGUUAUUAAACAAUGUUUACAGCUGUUCUGAUAAUGUUUCUAAAUGCACAUACAUGUGUCUUGAAAAGUUGCAAUGAAAUUUCACAAUAAUUUAUUUGACAACGUUCCUUGUGAUCAUUGUUGAUAUUAAAACCCCUUUUUUUUGUAAAUGCUACAUGCAUGUUGGGUAAUAAAUUUAAAUGUGUGUUUGCAGAGCUACAUGCUGCCCACAGUAUCAGAGAAACUGUGCAAUAUCCUGACACAAUUUUUUGGCACAAACUGAGCAGAAAUGCUCUUGCUAACCCUAACACUUUUGAUGUCUUGGUAUUAAGAUUACUGCAUAGCUGGGCACAUUUUCUAUGAUUACAUCUAGCCAAUCAAAUCACCCCAGAUUCUCUGAUAGACUUUACGGUGUGGUUUGAAUAUGGUCACCUCUAAAGUGGCAACAGACUUUCCUCUAAAAAGAGCUAUGCAGUUGAGGAUGGCAUCUUAUCUCUGUAGCUCUGUAAUUAAGUUGCCUUGUGAAACCAGAACACAGUUGUACUUACAACUUACGUGAAGAAGCAUCUAGAGCACACAGUCAGUAUAACCAUUUUAUGUUUCCAACACAAGAUGUAUGAAGUUUUGAUAUUUAUUAAAGUGGCCCUAUUGCUACCAUAUUCAGCUUCAGUGGACUUCAUGGUGUAAUGGUCUUUUGAGUUUUGGUUCAUCUGGUAAAGUUGUAAUUAAAUUAUUAAAGAACAGCAGAAAGAUAUGUUUUAUGUGUGGUGUUUUUCUCACAUCUGCUUGACCUUACAGAAACUUGAAUUGUACAUUAUACAAAAUCUGUCAUUGAAUCUUGUUCAAU